GGCGGGUACGGCGGCAUGAGCGGCAUGAGCGGCAUGUACGGCGGAAUGGGCGGCAUGUCGCCGUACGGGGGCAUGGGCGGCAUGGGCGGCAUGGGCGGCAUGGGGAUGUACGACCCCGCGCAGAUGCAGCAGAACCCGAGCAUGACGCAGGCGCUCGAGUCGACGACGCAGGCGACCUUCGCGCUGCUGCACGGUGUCGUGCAGACGUUCACCUCGCUCGCGCAGAUGCUCGAGUCCACCUUCUUCGCCACUCACUCCUCCUUCUUCGCGCUCGCGGGCGUCGUCGACCAGUUCGCGCAGCUCCGCAACGCGCUCGGCGGCGUCCUCGGCCUCUUCGGCCUUGUGCGCUGGAUGCGCGACUUGCUGCUCGGGCGCGCCGGCGGCGGCGGCGGCGCGGCGGGCGGCAUGGCGGGCGAGUUCCGGGAGUUUGUGAACGGCCGCCCGGUGCAGGGCCCAGCGCCCCACGCCCCGCGGCCCAGCCGCAAGCCGCUCGUCAUCUUCUUCCUCGCGAUCGUCGGCAUCCCGUAUGCGAUGCACAGGCUCCUCAGGCUCCUCUCUCUCCGCGCGCAACAGCAGCAGCAGGAAUUACAGGGCGGCCAGCUCCUCGGCGCGGGCGCGCUGCCGCCGCUCGACCCAUCGCAGCUGACGUUCGCGCGCGCUGUGUACCCAUUCGCGGCGAGCGGCCCCGCGGAGCUCAGUCUGAAGGAGAACGAGAUCGUGGCGGUUAUGGGGAAGAUGGACGCCGCGCGGGGGGUGGAGGUCGACCCGCGGAUCGAGGUGGAGAGCGAGUGGUGGAGGGGGAGGACGCGCGAGGGCAGGGAGGGGUGGUUUCCGCGCAAAUGGGUCGAGACGCUGGAGAGGAAGGUCGAGGUGGGCAAGGCGGGUGACCCUGUGCCGAAGACGGUCGAGUGAUGUGCAUAUUCCGCUCGUUUUUUUCGUAUCUUGUGUCUGUCCACCUACUUCGUUGUUGGCAUUAUAUGUGCCGUUUUUUGUAUCUCUGACUCGCCCGUUCGUACUAUCGAUUUAUUGCUGGAUUA